AUGGAGCGUGGACCAUCCUCGGUAAACGCAGGGUGUUUCAAUCCCUUGCUCUUCUGCAUGAGGAACCCCUUCCAUGCUCGUGAGAUCGGCACCCGGAUCAAGGCGCUCAAUCAGAGGCUUGACGACAUCAAGGAACGCAGCGCUGCUUUCAAAUUCAUCGAUCUCGGGUCCUAUGAGGAUCAUCGCAACAACACCCAUGCCUGUCACCAUGGUAAUCCAAGUCGGGAGACGGUAGGGGACUUUGACCGGUCUGCUAUUGUUGGAGACAAGAUUGAAGAAGACACAAGAGCAUUGGUGGCCCAGAUCAUGCAGACGGGAAAGGAUGUCAACAAUGGCAUCAAGGUGGUUGCUAUCGUAGGUGUUGGUGGGAUCGGCAAGACCACCCUCGCCCAGAAGGUCUUCAAUGACGAGGCAAUCCAAGGUGAAUUCCGCAAAAAGAUAUGGUUGAGCGUCAACCAAAACUUCAGUGAUGUCGAUCUGCUGAGAAGGGCCAUCACUGAAGCCGGAGGAGAUGCCCAACCACCUCAAAGUGCAAAGACCAGCCUUCAUGAAACCCUCAAGAACACAUUGAUUGACCACAAGACCUUUCUGGUACUAGAUGAUGUAUGGAACCAUAGAGCAUGGGAUGAUGUGUUGAAAAUACCCUUAGUCAAUGCUGCUGCUUCAGGCAGCCGAGUCCUCAUCACUACGCGAGAUGAAGGUGUUGCCCGAGGGGUGAAAGCUAUCUGGCCGUACCACCAUGUCGACAUAUUAGGGCCUGAAGAUGCUUGGUCAUUGCUCAAGAAGCAGGUAUGCUCAAGUGAGAUAGAUGAAGACCACAUCAAUACGCUAAAGGAUAUCGGACUGAAAAUUAUACAGAAAUGUGGUUGUUUACCAAUUGCUGUUAAAGUGAUGGGAGGACUCUUGCGUGAAAGAGGGGGGCUACGUGGUGACUGGCAGCGGGUUUUGGAUGAUUCUAAAUGGCCAACAACUAAAAUGCCCGAUGAUCUCAAUCACACAGUAUACUUAAGCUAUGAAUAUAUGCCUUCUUACAUGAAGCAGUGCUUUUUAUACUAUUCUUUUCUUCCUAAAAGUAGGAUUUUUCAUAUGGAUCAAGUCGUGGCAAUGUGGAUAAGCGAAGGAUUUAUUCAUGGAAACUCUAGUGAUUUAGAAGAAUUGGGAAGAAAUUACUACAAGGAAUUAGUAUCUAGGAACCUUAUAGAGCCAGAUAAAUCGUAUGUGGGUAUAUGGGUUUGUAGCAUGCAUGAUGUUGUUCGCUCAUUUGCUCGGUAUAUUACUAAAGAUGAAGCACUCGUAGCUCAAGACGGAGAUGAUGAUAUUCUUGCUAAACUUGGUUCACAAAAGUUUCUUCGGUUGUCCAUAGAAACUAACCAAUCAAAAUCAGGUGAACUUAAUUGGAAAUCUCUACAAGCACAUCAAUCAGUGAGAACAUUGAUCUCAACUAUCCAGAUUAAGAUGAAGCCUGGUGAUUCAUUGGUUACUUUUUCUGGUUUGCGGACUCUGCACAUAGAAUCUGCAGAUAUGGCUGUAUUGCUUGAAUCGUUGUAUCAACUAAAGCACCUGAGGUAUCUAAAACUAGUAAAUGCUGAUAUGUCUGUACUUCGAGUGAACAUUGGCAAGAUGAAACUAUUGCAAUUCCUUGAACUUGGUGGAUGUAUAAAAUUACUGAAUCUUCCUGAUAGCAUUGUGAAGUUUGGCCAGCUGAGGUCACUUUUACUUCCCAGAAUAAGUAUGGUACCUAGAGGGUUUAGUGGUCUGACAAAUAUGAGGAGACUAUCUUUGUUUCCAGCCCACAUGGAUGGUGAUUGGUGCAGUUUGGAUGAGUUGGGGCCUCUUUCACAGCUCAGGUAUCUUCACUUAGUUCAAUUGGAAAAUGUAUCUGCUGCCUCGUUUGCUUCUAAUGCCAGGCUCAGCGAGAAGGUGCAUUUUAGUUGGCUAAUCCUUUACUGCACCAAUAAACUGGGAGAUGAUGGGUUGGUCAAAGAGAAUGAAAGUGUCUCUGAGGAAGAGCAACAACUAAUUGAGAAGGUUUUCGAUAAGCUCUACCCUCCACCUGGUGUAGAAUAUCUUGAAAUCAAGUGGUAUUUUGGCCGGCAACUCCCGAGCUGGAUGAUGUCCACAUCAAUAGUGUCCCUCAACAACUUGACGACUAUAAUAUUUUCUGAUCUGGCUUGUUGCACACAACUUCCCAAUGGGUUGUGCCAGCUCCUGAAUCUGCAGUUUCUACAGGUCCGUCGUGCUCCAUGCAUCAAACAUGUAGGGACUGGAUUCUUGCAGGCGGUAGCAGCUUCAUUUCCAAGGUUAAACAAAUUGAAAUUGUACGACAUGGUGGAAUGGGAGGAGUGGGAGUGGGAGGAGCAAGUACAAGCCAUGCGCUGUUUGGAGAUGCUUGAGCUCCGUAAAUGCAGACUGAGGCAUGUUCCUCCAGGCCUUGCCUCCAAUGCAAGCUCUUUGAAAAUAUUAAUUCUACGAGAUGUCAAGCACCUCAACUACAUUGAGAGCUUUCCUUCUGUUGUUGAGCUUACAGUGGAUGGAUGCCCUGACCUGGAGAGGAUCACCAAUAUCCCCAAUCUGCAGAAGCUUACCAUUGAGAACUGCCCAAAGUUGAAGGUGCUGGAGCAUAUCGCUUCACUCGAGAGGCUGGUCCUGAAGGAUUACACCAUGGAAAAACUCCCAGAAUACAUACAAGACAUAAAGCCAAGGCAUUUGCAGUUAUUCUGCAGGCUAUGGUUGCUCUCUGCGAUAGCCAUGGGACAAUCUGGCAUUGAGUGGGAUAAGUUCAGCCAUGUGGAGCAUGUCAAGGCAUAUGCAGAUGAUGGAGAUAACCAAAGGAAAUGGCACGUUUUGUACACGAGAGGGGACAACUGCAAGUUGGAUUCAAAUAUUAGCCACUCUACUGUGUUUGAAGAAACCUUGUCAUCUCGUAUGGUGGACGCACAAGGAUUUGAGUCUGCGUACAAAAUGAAAAGAAGUACCUUCAGUUACGUCUGCGGCUUGGUGAAGAUCCCAUUUUUUGAAGAUAUGAUGUCAAAAGGUCACACCUUUGCUGAUGGUAAAAUGCUGUCUUUACAAGAUGGAGUGAGCAUCGCUCUGGGAAUGCUGAACUCUGGUGAGCCAUCUGAGACUGUAGGAUCCUUUCUUGGUGUGAAUGAGUCAACUGUCUCUCUGGUAACUCAGGUGUUUGUUGAGGCUAUGUCCCAGCGAGCAAUGCACCACUUGGCCUGGCCAGGCUCUGCUAAAAUGGAGAAGAUCAAACACAGGUUUGACAAGAUUCAUGGCUUGCCAAACUGCUGCGGUGUUGUACAUGCAGCUCAAAUCACGUUUGGAUCACAAGACCGUGACCAUGAGGAGAAUGGUGACAUCCUACUGCAAGCCAGUGUUGAUCCAGAUAUGAGGCUCACAAACAUUUGGUGGAACCUCUCAGGUAGCAUGAACCAGUUGAUCAUUUUGCAGGACUCCGGUCUCUUCAAGACCUGCGAGGGGGGUACUGAGCUGAAUGGUAGCAAGCUGAAGGUAUCAUCUCAUGGUGGAUUAGAAGUCGGGGAGUAUAUCGUUGGUGAUGCGGGAUAUCCUCUUCGACCCUGGCUCCUCACACCUUACCUGCUAGAGAACGACUGCCCACUCUCAGACUCCAAAGUGGAGUUUAACAGGAGACACUCUGCAGCUACAGCGGUCGCGCAGAGGGCGUUGGCAAGUUUUAAAGACACAUGGAAGUGCUUGCAGGGAGAAGGCUGGCAUCCAAGUAAUGAAGAUGAAAUGUGCUUGACAAUCACCACGUGUUGUCUGUUGCAUAACAUAGUGAUAGACAUGGAGGAGGGUGCAGGCAUGCCAAGUGAUCAGGAGGAAAAUUGCAUCGAGCGGGUGCGAGAGGUAGCAGAUGAGGAUGCCGCUAGGGUUAGGGAUGCACUCACCCAGCACUUGAUCGAAUCUGGGGUCCACACAAAGGCUGCAGAGGAGGAACAGGAAGCAUCAGCAAUUGCAUCUGGUUCAGGAGAUGGAAACAAGGAACAAGAAGCACACCAACGAUUAACAGCAGAUCGAGGAAAGAAGAAAGUGCAGAUGACCCUCUGCACUGAAUGA